AUGUAUAUUCUCAAAAGGCUGUUCGGGUUUAAUAACAGAGUGGCUUUUAAUGAAAAUAAACUUUUGUUAAAAAAUUUAAACGAAAAUGAAAAUUUAAAAGUUCAAAAUGUAAGAGCAGAAGAUUAUCCAAUACCCGAAAAAUAUUUAGAUGAUCCUGAAAAAAUUCCAAAAUAUUAUGUAUUUCAAUCUAAUAUGGUAACAGAUGAAGAUUUACAACCUGGCAUGUUAAGGCAAUUGGAAGUAGAUAAAAGAUUAACAUUACCAACCAGAACACAUAUAUCUUUUUUGGUUACAGCAACUGAUGUUAUACAUUCGUGGUCAAUACCAAGUCUAGGAAUAAAAGCCGAUGCAGUACCAGGGCGAUUACAUAAAAUUACAACAUUCAUAUUAAGAGAAGGAGUAUAUUAUGGUCAGUGUUCAGAAAUGUGUGGGACUCUACAUGGUUUUAUGCCUAUUGUUAUUGAAGCAGUGUCUCCUGAGGCAUAUGCCGCGCAUGCCAAGAAAUACUACAAGGAGUAG